GGAAGGCAGAGAUUUUUGUAGGACAGAUCCCUAUUUUCCCUUUCUUUUUCAGUAUCUUCUUUCUCAGAUCCAUAAAUGGCAGCUGUCAUUUUGACAGAGAAAAGGUGUCUUACAAUCAAAGAUUCAAACCUACCUAAAAUAAAUAAAAAUUAAAACAAAGAAAAAACCUGUGUUUUUUUCUGGUGUUUUGCAAGUGAGUUGUCAUUGAUAUAUGAAGAGCUAUCAGCAGCAGCAAUCCCUUGUCUUUCAAGCAAACCUCUCUCUCUGUUUCUCUCUCUCCCUCUCCUCCCAAUGCAAGAAGAAAAGCCAAUAAACUUAUUGGCAGAAAUUUCAUAUAUAAUGAGCAUUAAAUCAUUCAUAACAUUGUUCAACUCAAAGUAAUCUGAAUCAUAUUUCACUCUAACUUUCUCUCUCUAAAAAAAUAGACAUACAUAAUCAUCACAUUCAUCAUUUGAGUUUUUGGGAGCAAUGAGGAGGAGUAGGUUGUUCAUCUGCAUUGUAGUAUUACUUGUGCAAAUUGUGGGUUGGGUUCCUGCAACUAGUAGGGUUUUGAUUCCAAAUCAUGACACUUCUUCUCAACUAUCAGGUAUUGGUGGAGUUUCAGAAACUUCACAGCAAGCUCCCUACAGUUCUAUACAGGAUUCAAAGAAGACAUCAGAAGCAGAAAGCUAUAGAGGAAUGAAUGAACUGGGUUCAAGACCCCCAGAUUGUGAUCACAAAUGUUAUGGUUGCAAUCCUUGUGUAGCCAUUCAAGUACCCACCAUCAGCGGCGGCCACUUAGGGAUACAGUUUGCAAAUUAUGAGCCUAUUAGUUGGAAAUGCAAAUGUGGGGCGUCGUUCUACAGUCCAUAACUUUGUAUUUCUUUGCUCUGUUUUCUGUCUUUGAGUGAAGUCUAGAGUGCAAUUAGCUCUGUACAAAUUAGGCAUUCAAUUUGAGAUCUGAGUCGAAUCAAUGUAGAAGUAUAGUAUAUAUUAAUCAUCUGUACUAAAUUAAUUAUCUAGUUUUCUCAAGAUUUUGAGUCAAAAAUACAUCAAUCGUGAACAUGUAUGUCAUCAAAUUAGAGGACUCACAUUUCCUUGUA